AUGCUAGAAGCACUCUCGCAGCCCAAGGAGCUCAGCGCUCUCACCGUUCCCAGAAUCGGUAUGCUAGCCGCAUGCAUUCUGGUUGCAAUGGGCUCGGGGACAAAUUAUGCGUUCUCUGCUUACGCACCUCAACUGGGUGAACGACUGAAACUGACCCACACGCAACUGAACAUUGUCGGCAUCGCAGGGAACAUUGGUGUGUUCAGCAGCGCACCAGUUUGGGGGCGCUUCGCAGAUCGCUAUGGUCCUAAACCAUUGUUUGCAACGGCUUUUGUGCUGUUGCUUGGCGGGUACUCUGGCAUUCGCUAUUCCUACCAAGCUGGUGCUAUCCCAAGCGACUUUCCUUUAUCGGGCUUGAGCUUCGCAUUACUCGCGCUCUGCAACUUCAUGACCGGGGUGGCGGGCACUGCGGGCAUCAUGGGCAGCGUCAAUACCACCGCCAGAACAUUUCCAGACCACGCGAGAGCAUCGACAACUGGGCUAGUGCUCUCCGGGUUCGGACUGUCCGCAUUCUUCUUCUCUACGGUCGCUGGCCUCUUUUCGCCUGGCGAUACAUCCUCGCUCCUGCUCCUGUUGACUGUAGGCACGGCCUUUCCCAUGAUCUUCGGGUUCUUCUUCGUUCAUCCUAUUCCCUGGAAGCCCAACAACCGUGGCACACUAGCUAACCGUAAUCGCGAACCAGAGAACUUCGCAUCCACCUCGAACACAAUAUACCAUCACUGCACUGAGUAUGAUAGCUGCACACCUCUGCUGGGUGGCCAGGACGGAGCUAUGGUGUGUAAUUGCUACCAGGGGGCCGCAACGAGUGCUUCGCAGGCUUUUUCGGUUCACCCAGAGUCGACUCCGGACGCAUUUCUGACUCCACAGACGGUGGGCUCAGAGGACCCGUUUUCCAACCUGUCUGCGGAUGUUAGGAGGAUGCUGGAUAGAAGGAGGACUGCUGAAGGAAAUGUGGGUUCUGACCUUGCCUCGCGGCCCUCGCAAAGCACGGGCGAGGCAAACAUACAUGGAUGGGCGCUGUGGAAGACGUGCGACUUUUGGCUGUGUUUCUCGAUCUUUGGAUUAUUGACUGGCACUGGAUUGAUGUAUAUCAACAACGUAGGCACGAUAUCGCAGGCGCUCAUCGCCCAAGCCAAUCCGGACUACGACAUUGCGUACGCCGCGCGCGUGCAGGCUAAGCAGGUGACAAUCGUCAGCCUCAUGAACUGUCUUGGUCGAAUAUGUUUUGGUUUUAUAUCAGACUUCACCAGACACCGACUGCACCGUCCUAGGUCGUACUGCUUCGUCGCAGCCUCUACGGCAUUCCUCUUGGUGCAGGUUGUCCUCCAGCAGUCGAUCACGGAUGUAGAGUCGCUUUCUUGGGGCAGCGCAAUGCUCGGCUUCGUGUAUGGGGGUUCAUUUUCGCUUCUGCCGACGCUGUGUAUAGGAUAUUUCGGCUUAGCCCACUUUUCAGAGAACUUCGGGUUCGCGACGCUCAGCCCGAUCUUUACGGGAUAUCUCUUCUCAGUCGCCUUCGGGAAGACGCUCGAUGUACACGAACUCUCCCCUACUCCGUCCCCAUCGAUCGACUUGCGUGAAUCAUCAAGACAUCACCCGUUUCUCUCGCAGAUCACGUCGAGUUUCGAGAGACAUCGGUGCUUGGAGGGUAGUGCGUGUUACGCUGAGGCGUUCACUGUGACUAUCCUUGCGUGUUCGGUGGCUCUGGCACUGAGUGUAUGGAUGAGCUGGAGAGAUUGGCGGCGCAUGGACGCGGAGGAGGUCGAGUAUGCUGUUGAUGUAGGGUAUGAUGGGGGGUAUAGAGCGAGCUCGAAACCGGGGUCGUGUAGACGGACGGUGGAAUCUGGGUAA